AUGAGAGGCGGAGGUCUAUUGAUUGCAUUUCUGUUUGUCACCCUCCUAAUUUUAGCUUUUGUAUUGGGGGUUAAAUCAAUCCCCGAUAACCCUGAUCCAGAUCCUGAGAUUCUCAGUGGUUCCGACGGUCUACCUACCAAUCCUCCGCUUACACCUACACAUGAUACUGCAAUAGUGGCUGCUCCAGAUGGCAUGGUAUAUUUUGUUGAGAUUAGUUCGGGACAAAUUGUUUCUUCUUUUUCAUCGGGCCCAUCUAUUUAUUCCUCGUAUCAGACACUCCCCAGUGAUGACGGUGAAAAACUUGAUUCCUCUGCUGACGCUGAUAAUUUCUACAUAGAUUGUGGAAAAGACUGGGAACUCUACUUACAUGCAAAAGGCUUCAAUAAAGUGAGGCUCGAUCUGAGUGCUGAAGAAUUUGUAAGGCGCACUCCAUUUGUAUCAACUCGUGGUGGUGUCAUGUUAGGAUCAAAGACAACGGCUGUAUUUCUUGUUGAUAUAAAAACUGGAAAAGUAUUUCGUACAUUUAAAACUGAUAAUUUUCCUUCAGUUGAAGAGCAGGAAGUCGAUGAAUCUUCUAUUCUAGCUAGAAAGGAUAUUGAAGAAUGGGUAGGAUCUGGUCCCGCAGACUUGGAGGAUAUUGAGAAGCCACUCUAUGUUACAAGGAUAGACUAUAAUCUGAAGUAUACCUCCAAGAAGACCGGGAAAGUUCUUUGGCACCUGAAGUUUGCUGAUAUUGAAGCUUCAUUCCAAUGUGAAGGAAUUGAGAAUUUUCUGGGUCGAAUUUUACCUGAGGUUGACAAAUUUGAUCCAGGAUAUAAGCUUGAUACAAAUUUGGCAAUGCAUUGCCAGUCAAGGCCUGUGGUCUAUCGGAUCCGUGACCAUAGCUCACUAGGAUCCCUUUUUAUGGUUGACAAGUUAUCAGAUGCUCUUCCAAGGGGCAAAGUGCUUUCUUUACCUGCUGCUGAUCACGAUCCUCUUUUAGAGCCAGCAGAUAAGUUUUUAGGUGUUCAUCAUGAUAAUGAGAGACAAAUGUUGCUGGCUUUGCCCAAACCUGAAACUGGAAAAUUUACUAUCAAGGGUCUGCCUGGAGGUGGUGAUCAUCAUAUGAAUGACAACCUAGACCAUCAUAAUUUACUACGCUCUCAUUUCUGGCCUUCCAUUUUAUAUGCUGCAUUGGUGCCAUUCAUCACGGCUUUCUUUUUCUAUGUAAGACGCGCAGUGGUCAGGGGACACGGUAAAUUGUACGAGCAGCCUGAAGACAAUAAGUUUCAAGUUGUAAAAACCAAAAAGAAGAGAAGUCGCAGAACUGCAACCAUUAAAAAUAGCACUAUUGUUGAGAACGAGAUGAACAAUAUUUCAGACCAUGUGCAGGGCAGAAAUGAUCUCCAAAACAUUGAAAUAACUAAAGGAAAUUUCUUGCCAAAUUAUUCAAGUAACUACAAUAGUCUUGUAAAUGGACGCCAGAUUGGGAAGUUGUUGGUCACUGAUAAGCAAAUUGCCAAGGGAAGCAAUGGAACUAUUGUACUUGAAGGAAUUUAUGAUGGCCGUUUAGUGGCUGUUAAACGCCUUGUCCAGACUCAUCAUGAUGUGGCUUCAAAGGAGAUUCAGAAUCUUAUUGCAUCAGAUCAUCAUCCAAACAUUGUCAGAUGGUAUGGAGUGGAAUAUGAUCAGGAUUUUGUCUACCUUUCUCUGGAACGGUGUACAUGCAGUUUACAUGAUUUAAUAUCAUAUUACACCCCUUCUCGGAAUCAGAUACCUAUAGGAGAACAAGAUAAUGAGUCUCCUAGUGAUUGCACUAUCCGGUUGCAGUGGGUGCUUGGAAAUGACAAGGGUCUUGAACUGUGGAAGGCUAAUGGCUAUCCAUCUGCUUGCUUGUUAAAAUUAAUGAGGGAUAUUGUUUGUGGACUAGCACAUUUGCAUGAACUUGGAAUUAUACAUCGAGAUCUGAAGCCUCAAAACGUCCUUGUAAUAAAGGAUAGAUCUUUAUGUGCAAAGCUUUCUGAUAUGGGCAUCAGCAAGCGCCUAGCAGGAGACACGUCUUUAACCAAAAGUGCUACUGGUUAUGGGAGUUCAGGUUGGCAAGCACCAGAACAAUUGCGCCAUGAACGUCAAACACGUGCCCUAGAUUUAUUCAGUUUAGGUUGUAUUCUCUUUUUCUGCAUAACUGGGGGCAAACAUCCGUUUGGGGAAAGUUUUGUACGUGAUAUAAAUAUAAUCAAUAAUGAGAAAGACCUCUUCUUGAUAGAACAUAUACCAGAAGCAACAGAUCUUAUCUCCCGGCUCCUAGAUCCAAACCCAGAUUUGAGGCCAAAGUCCAUGGAGGUAAUACAACAUCCUUUCUUUUGGAACUCUGAGACGCGACUCUCAUUUCUUCGAGAUGCUAGUGAUCGUGUCGAACUAGAAGACAGGGAGAAUGAAUCUGAACUCUUGAAGGCACUUGAAAGUAUUGGAAAAGUUGCUUUGGGCUGUAAAUGGGAUGAAAAGAUGGACAACAUCUUUAUCAAUGACAUCGGCCGUUAUAGGCGUUAUAAAUUCGAUAGCGUCCGUGACUUGUUGCGCGUGAUAAGAAACAAAUUGAACCACUUCAGGGAACUUUCAAAGGAAAUUCAGGGAAUAAUAGGACCGGUUCCUGAAGGAUUUGACUACUAUUUCUCAAGUCGAUUUCCAAAUCUUCUAAUUGAGGUCUACAAAGUCAUUCAUAGAUCUUGUGCAGAGGAAGAAACCUUUCACAAAUAUUUCUGA